GCCCCGGUCUAUCCAACAUCAGAGAAGCGACUACCUACUCCUCCAGCAUUUUCUAUGAACAACCCAACAACCAAGACCAAUUUCUAUCCACGGUCUCAACAGCCACUGCUGAUUGAAGAAUAUCCUGAACGUCCCGGUCAACCUGAAUGCAGUUACUUCAUUAAAUUUGGCGACUGUAAAUACAGAUCUAACUGCAAAUUUCAUCAUCCAAGGUCUCGAAUAUCAAAAGCAAACUCAAGUACCCUUAGUGACAAGGGCCUGCCGCUAAGACCUGAUCAAACUAUCUGCUCAUUCUAUAGCCGCUAUGGGAUAUGCAAGUUUGGCCCUGCUUGUAAGUUUGAUCAUCCUGAAAAUUAUGUUGGUGGAUCUGCACCAUCUGCCGAGUCUGGCUUUGAUCAGCAUCAGCAAUCACAGAUGUCUCUAGGAUGGCAAGGACGACAACUGGAAGUGGAUCAUUGAUACAGCAGUCUGUAUUAGUAAAAUUUCUGGAUCAUUUCCAUGUAGAGUUUAUUUUAAAACUAUAAGCCAAUGGAUGAAUCUUCUGAGACUUGAAACUCCACCAACUUGAGCGUAAUUUCUCAGAUCAGUUUAGAGGAUGGCGCGAUAAUCGCUCAUAUGUUUCAUGUUGUUAAAAGCGCAAGCAAAAUAGGAUACUGUAAAUUAUUGAUAGAGCAUUUGUUUUAUAGAUUAAAUGAAGAUAUUUGGAUA